AUGAAUCAGGACUUGCAGUGCAAGGUGGAAGAUUUACCCUCCAGAAAAGUGUAUAAAGCAUUUGGCAAGAAUGGCGAGCACGGCAAACAUACAUGUACGGACAUCACUAAUUGGGAAGAACAAAUGGAAGAAAUAGUGACAACUGCAUUAAGUAGCCCUUUGUUUGAUGGUCUAGAUUAUGUGAAGGAAAUUGCGCAGGCUUCUUGCCUUCUAUCUAAGUUAAAAACAGAUAGUUCAUCAUGUAGCAGAAUUUGUGAUUUUUUUUAUUUCUGGUUAGGGGACAAAUUAUGUGAAAAAGUGAAGAACAUUAUUAAAGUUCGCAGUAUUAUGCAGGGAAUCUAUCAGAAACUCGGAAGCAACAACGGUCAAUGCAAUUACCAAGAAAUGAACGAUAAUUUUGGUUGCCCUAAUUUCAGGAGAGCAAAAACCAUAUUCGCCUAUUACCACGAUUAUAAAACCAUAUGGACGGCACUAAAAGAUUCUAAGUCUCGCGGCUCCUCCUCCUGCUGUACUGCAUAUAACGACUACCUGCAGCAAGCUCAAUAUGCUUAUGGACAAAUACAAGCAGGUUGGUCACUUAAUCAAGAUGAUUACUUUGCAGAAUUCUGGGACAAGUUCGAAGGUAAUGGUAAUGGUAGUGGUACUAUCCCAAAACCAGGAGAACUGAAAAAUAAGGCACUGUCUGAAGGAGGGGACCCUCCACCACUCGAAGGGGACGAGGACGGAACAGAUGUGCCUAGUUGCUUAACACAGUUGCUUUCACAACCUUCAGAACUUGCUGCUGCACCAUCAUUACCACAGCAGGAUGGUGCUGCUAGUGCUGCUGCUGGGAGCAGCAGCAACAUCGUCGCACCAAUCGUCUCUUCUGCAGUGGCCGGAAUAGGCCUACCAGCAGCUGUCGCUUUCUUCCUAUACAAAGUAAUCACAAUUAUAUUAGCAAAAAUGAAUAAUAAUAAUGACAUUUUAUUCAUAUUUACUUAA